UACGGUGAUUGUGUCUGUGUCGUGUAGUGUCGCCUUUAACGUUGACCUGCGGAUUAUCACAACUAACGUGACGGUAGAAAUGGCCGUUGUCUCGCAAAGCCAAAGAGAUCCGAACGGAAACUACAUCUUCUCCAGUCGGCCCAGACCGGUGGAGACCCGCUCCAAGUUCAGAGAGCCUCCGUCUGACCAGACACCCGGUACUUAUGGAAACAUUAUGUAUGACCGUCGUGUUGUCAGAGGAAACACUUAUGCCCAACAGAUCAUACCAACUAUGCCUCUGCCGGACCCCGUCGAGGUACAAAGACAACAUGACAAUAGGAGGAGAGCCAUUGCUCGAAAACGCGCCAGGGAACAGUUAAGAACCAGGACGGCAGAGGCCCUGCAGGGCAGAAAACACAUCGAUGUACAAACAGAGCAUUAUCUCGAAGAAUUGAGUGAUGUUAUAGUGGCUACAGAUAUCGAGUGCCAGACUGACGCUUUCCUGGACAGACCAGCAACCCCACUCUUCAUACCUGCCAAAUCUGGUAAAGAUGUUGAAACCCAGAUAGAGGAGGGAGAGUUGUUUGACUUCAACAGGGAGGUGCAGCCAGUGUUGGAGGUCCUGGUUGGUAAGACAAUAGAACAGUGUCUCCUGGAGGUGAUGGAGGAGGAGGAGCUGGCCUGUCUGAGGGCCCAGCAGAGGGCCUUCGAAGAGCUCCGAAAUAAUGAGCUGGCAGAGGUGUUGAGGCUUCAGGAGCAGGAGAGACGCCACAGGGAGGAGAAAGAGCGUAGAAUUGCCCAGCAGAAGGAGGUUCUGAAGAAAGAAAAAGAGAUUGCUGAGAAGAUUGCUGCACGGGCGUACACAAAGCAGUACUUUUCUGACCUCCUGCCGGCCGUCUUUACCUCACUGAGAAGCCACGGCUACUUUUACGACCCUGUGGAGAAAGAUAUUGAGACAAAUUUCAUCCCAUGGCUGAUGGUUGAAGUUAAUAACAGUUUGGAAAGGAGAUACACAGCAAGACACCUCCUGGACAAUAUCAUCCACGAUGUCGUGCAGAAGAGACUGGAGAUGUGCAAAGAGACAAAAUGACUCACUGAGCAAGGUCAAGGACAUGAAGGCAUUCUCAAAACUAACAUGUUUUUUACUGACUAAACUACCGCACAAGUCAUUUGUUUCAAUCUUAAAAUGUGUUAUUAUUAGUAAUUAUAUAUAAUUAUUAUUAUUAUUCUAAUGACAAGUAGGGAAUUUGUGAAAUAGAUGAAAAUUCAAUGCAAUGUUGUAUUAUCCUUUCCUAUUAAGUUAUUUGUUUAUUUGAGAUCUUUCUCACAGGACGCAAAGCCACCUCUUAUUUUCUUCAACUAAAUAUCUAGAUCAUACAGCAGUGAGAAGUUCCAGUUAUUGCAAAACCAUUAAAACUGGGAUGAAAAGAUUAGGUAUGCAUUGCAUGCAGAGAUUUGUUGUAAGUCUACAAUUUGCUGCCGAUGAAAGAUCUGACAUUCUUAAACGCAAAAAUGUUGCUGUUCCUUAGUUUAUUUGCUGCAACUUUGAAUGAACUUUAUUGUCUUUUAUUGACUUCAUUUGUGUGAAGUACAAACAUCCUUUUUCUUUCAGACAUGCAGCAUAUUUGUCAAUUUUACCAGAUAUCAGAAAAAAGUUCCUGGUAGUUUUCAAAACAACUAAACACAGCAAAUCAUACAAAUACUUAAAAAGAAAGAAUCAAUGAAGGAGAUACAGUAUAAGUCAAACAUAGUUGUUGUUGUUGUGUAAGUAGUUGUUGCUUAUAUAACCUGCUGUAAGCAAAAGGUUAUAUAAAUGUUAACUAUUUAGAGGAUCAUUCAAAGUGCCGUUCUGUGAAUAUUAUCUAUUUGCACCUGGCAUUGCUCUGCAAACACUUCAUUCAGUUGCUGUAACAGGCAAAUUCGACAAUGUUUUGCAUCGCUCUCCCAUGUCUGCUAAAUUUAGCUCACCACGCAAACAAAACAAGUUUUUUUUUAAGUUGAUGGCUGUUAUUUCAUCCUCAUUUAAAAAAUAAAUCGUAU